AUGCCUAAGUUCCCUUGGGAAACCGGAUCGUUCAAUGCCAUCUUUGGUGAGGGAAUGGCCGGGGUGUUGUCUCCACCAGUGCUGAGGCAACCUUCUCUUGUGCCCAUACCUGGGGUUGCCUCCCCUCCGCCGGAACCUGCGCCCGUGCAGAGUGCUUCUGGGAAACGCAAGCAUGCGCAUUUGUUUCAUGAGUGUUCGGCUAAAGCCUCCAGAGAUGAAAAUGCUGACAGUGAUGAGCAUUUGUGGAACACCGCUUUGAGUAAGUGGGUUACUGUGUUCAUUUUGUGCGAGCACCAGGGAAGCACAGGUGCCAUGCUUCAGGACAGCUUCUGGUCCGAGGACGGUAAUGCUCGGGAAGAUAUCAUCCGUGAUGUCUUGGGACUGAAGGCUCCUCGAACAGCGUCAAAGAGAGCCAAUGACUUGUUGCGUUGUUUCCGGUGGCAUGUAGAGCAAGGCAAGUCCCCGUGGCCCUGGAGCAUCAAGUCUCUUUCGUGUUAUAUCGAGUCACUAAAGGGUACUAAAGGGUAUGCAAGUGCCACUGCUACUCUGUUUCAGGCCAUCAAUUUUGCGCAUCAUGUGGUUGACAUCCCCUUUAGUGCUGAGAUCUUGAGCGACAGGCGCCUUCAAGGCAGGGCGAAGAGGCUGAUUGCUGAUAGUGGUCCCUUGAAGCAAGCCACAGCAUUGCGUGUUGAGCAAGUCAUCCAACUUGAAAUUCGAACGACCUCCAGCGAGACUUGUGUGCAAGACAAGUUCCUUUUGGGCGGGAUGCUCUUCACGCUAUACUCUAGAUCGAGGUGGUCCGAUCAUCGCUUGCUUGACUUUAUCUCGUUUGACGAAUGUGGGGCUCCUACUGAAGGUUUUAUCGAAGCACAGACCUCCCAUCACAAGACUAGGAAUUGCAAGAAAGCUGCCAAGCGUGCCAUGCCACUGGUUGCCCCCAUGUUCAGUUUGUCAGGCCAUGACUGGGCCAGUGCAUGGUACCAAGCAGGCGUCGAACUUGGGUUUCCGUGGGAUGCUUCUCCCUUAGGACCUUUGGUGAGGGUUCCGGGUUUUUCAGGGGUCUCUAAGCGGAAAUGCAGCAGCGCAGAGGCGUCAGCCAUCCUACGGAGUGCCUUGGAAGUGGAUGCUUCUUCAGGGGUAUCAUCACACUCCCUCAAGGUCACCACCCUGAACUGGUGUGGCAAGAGGGGUUUGCCCGAGUUCGAUUGUUUGAUGUUGGGUCACCAUGUCACUGGGUCCAAAUCGCGUGCGGUCUACUCACGUGAACUUCUCAGCGCACCGCUGCGCUCCUAUGUCGCCAUGCUGAAGGAAAUCAAAGCAGGGGUGUUCAAACCUGAUGCCUCCAGGUCGGGUUGGUUGUCCGACUGUGCCGCUUUUGCACCUUCACAUGCAGACUUUCGUUUUGAUAACCCGAAGCGACGUGGGAUCCUUGCCAGUGAACCUGCCGUGUCUCCCAGCGAUAUGUUGGGCCCAGAGGCUGGUGCGUGCGCCCCUCGCUCCCCACAGGAGUUUCCGGAGAGCCCGCUUCUUGCACAGGAUGCACCUGGCGAGUUUAUGGAAGGUGGAGUUCGGGAUCAUGCUGAUGUUGACGAUGAUGAGACAUCCCCUCCCUCCUGGGGGGGUGCCUUGCCUGACAACACUGCCCUGCCCGGCGUUGAGUGUGAGCGCGAUGCAGGGGGUGCAAGUAGCGAUGAGUCAGAUAGCAGUAGCUCAAGUGACAGCAAUGCGUCCUCAGGGCAAUCGAUUGCCGAGGAGGGCAUCCUCCGGAAUGCCGGAGCUGCCCAAAGUUUUGAUGUGCCGGGCCCGUUGUGGCAGCACAGAGGUUCAAAGAUGCUGCACAAGGCGGUGCAAGGCUCGGAGAUGACCAAGUGCUCGCGUAGAACGGGUGGGAAUGCCUACCUGCGGUAUGGUGGCUGCCUUAGACGCGCUGAGCGCACCCAGAGCAUCCACAUGAUGGUGUGGAACGAGGGCAUUUUGCCUCAAGACAGCAACAUGGCGGCCACUUCCGUGUUGGCAUCGACGCCUGCUUUGGAGAAGCAAUGUGAAAAGGUCGGCCUCUCUGAUGAAUGGACCAAGGUGAUGGUCGCUGCGCAAGUUGACACCUUGUCCAAGGUCUCCUAUGCAGUCAGCUUACCGGGCACGCCCGCGACUGACACCAACAUCGAGGACUUUGCGGGCAAACUUCGACCAGGUGUUGCUCUCUCUUUGGGCGACAAUGCAGCACUUAAGCGCUUGGUCUUUGAAGCUCAGACACUUUGCAUCGCCGAGCUUCGGAGUUCGGUGCAGGUUGGUGAAGAUGCUCCGCGCAAGCUGCCGGCUGCAGAACGUGCUCUGCGGAUAGAGCAGCAGGCAGCUCGCUUGAAGGGACUGCCUCUGUCCAAAGGUGCAUGGCAAUGUGCGCACAGCCUCUACGAUCGUUUUGCUCACAUGAGAGAGACCGAAGAGCUUCGCUUUGUCCCACCUGAUGAAUGCAUCACCCGGGAUCAGGAGUUGGCCGGCAGCAAGGCACCGAAGUCUGUGCAGCUGGAUGCAAGCAAGUCGGGCCUCAUCGUGAAGGAUGAGGAAAUCACCAAUACAAUGAACAUCACCUCAGAUCACGAACUUUACCUGAGUUUCAUGAGGCGCGCCUUGGCCAUGGAUCUUGUGGGCCUCGCCAGCUUUGAUGUGAUGCAGAAGUGGAUCGAGCGGCUGUUCGAUGUGAUGAACCAGGAUCCACCUCCAAACUUCUCCCGGGUAUCUCGUGCCCAGGUCCUUCGUGCGGACCGCCAAGUCUUCGUCGAGCUGGCCCGGAGAGCCAAUGGAGGGCUGAAAGCCCUCGCCGAUGGCUCGCUGCCACUGGAUGCAGAGUUUCGCAAUUUGCCGGGCAACACUGAGAUCAUGUACUUCUUGCUGCCGACACCGGAGAAGGGCAAGGGCAAAGGCAAAGGCAAGGGAGACAAGCGCAAGCAUUCGGGCGAUGGCGAUGAAGGUGGCGACAAGAAGAAGGCCAAGACCACUCGCGAUCCCGUGCCCAAGGCGACCUUGUGGCUGUCGCUGUUCCUACAUCGUCCACAGAUGAUGUCAAUUUUCCUUGUUCUGCCGUUGAUCGUGCUUCGUUGCCUGCUGAUUUUGAUGUGCAAAGCCAGGUUGGCCACUCGUCAUCCGGAUGCAUUCCGUCAUUUGGCUAUUCCAUGUCAGCAUGUGCAUGUUUCCACUGCCACAACCACCAAUCGUGUGCCUCCAGAGGUUGUUGCCGCCUUUUAUGAUGCUGUGGGGACUGCCAUUCUCGGGUUCUUGCGGUUCCCGCCCCUCGCUCCCGGCCCCACUCCCUUGCAUUUGGCACAGGUGGCUGCUGGCUUGCAGCCCCGACGUUCGCAUCUUUGCCUGGUGCCUGAGUUUAAGUCCAUUGCCAAUGUUCGCCUCCCGGAGCUGCCCCCUCUUCAGGACGGCAAACUGAAGCACGAGCUGGUCGUGGGUGACGUGUGCGUGAGUGCUGCAUCGUGUGUGGACACAAAUCAGGAUGUUUUCUCGCAUGAAGCUGAGCUGGCUGCCAGCCGUCUGGGCGAUGUGCCCACACGGGAGGAGCUCUUGAGCAUAUUUGCUAUGCAUGAUGCUGACCCUUCUAAACGCAUGGCCGGGAUUCGCGCGAGCGAAAAAUCUUGGUCAUCAGGUGCUUAUGCCAUGGGAGGCUGUGUCGGCGUCCGAAAGAAUGCUUCCAUGUUCCCUGUGUUCACCCGAGCACUGGUCCGGUUCCUCAGGCAUCAGAUCCCCGAUGCCAGGUUUUCAUGUGUUGCUAUCUUUUGCGAUAUGUUGCAGGGCAUGCACAAAGAUAUGUGCAAUCAAGAGGGUACACUCAACUAUGGGGUUGCACUUUCGGACUUUUCGGAAGGGUUUGUGUGGGCUCACGACCCGGCGGGCAAAGUUCACAAGCACACGCCAUCAGGUAAGCUGCCGGGGGUGUUGCACGACAUCGCAAGUGCCCCGGUGCGCUUUGAUGCGAGAAAGUUUCAUUGCGUCAUGCCGUGGCAUGGACAAAGAGUCGUGGUGAUUGGCUACACACCGCAAAGAGGUUGUGCCCUCAGUGCCAAAGAGGUUCGUUAUCUGCUUAGCUUAGGCUUUCCGUUGCCGUGGGUCGACACGCCGUCCCCUACUGUGCCUCCAGUCCACGAUGCACCUGUCAAGCAACGCUUGGAAAAUGUCGCCGACUCUGGUCCCGUGCACUCUACGCCACCUUGUGCUUCUGCGGCUGCAUGCAAUUCCCACUUGUACACCUUCGGUGUUUACCACUCUGAAGCCGAGUUCGUCCGCAAGGCCGUGCAGGUGGGGCAUCCGAGGAGCCUCUAUGGUAGCUUGCCCCAAGCCAUGGAGGAAUGUGUCGACGCGUUGCUUGUCAUGCCUGAGGCUUCAGUUGUCACUAAGCGUGCGGCAUGGCUUGCGCAUUGGACGGCUCGUGCCAAGGCCAUCCAGGAGAACCCUGAUCCUGAUUGGCACAUCCAAGAUCCUGCAAUGCGCGCUAUCCUUGGACGAAAGAGGCUGCAACUGCUUGAUGAGAUCCUUUUAUCGGAAGGGUACGGCGAUUGCACGCUAGCUAGGGACAUGCACCAUGGUUUUGACCUAGUGGGAGUUGCGCCGCCUUCUGGUGUGCUACCUGGCAAGGUCACUCCUGCUUCUCUUGAGCCUGAGGCCCUUAGUGCCAAUGCGUGUCGUGCCAAUGAUGCCUUGCGUGCAAGUUUGCGUUCUUGUGGCGAUCCGGAGCUCGAUGAGAAGCUUUGGGAGAAGACCCUGCUGGAGGUCGAACAAGGAUGGUUGCAGGGACCGCUCGAGUGGUCUGACUUAGGCCCGGGGGAGAUAGCAUCACCCCGCUUUCCUUUGUUGCAGAAUGGCAAAGUGCGCCCGAUCGACGACUACUCUCGAUCUGGCGUCAAUAGUUGCGUAACCACACUUGAGCAGCCAACCGUGGACACUGCCGACGUGGCAGCCGCCAUGUUCAGCAAACUCUCGAACGGCUUGUUGCGCAAGGGGAGGUCAGGUGCUCUCCUAGGUAGGUCUUACGACUUGACAUCCGCAUAUCGACAGCUAUGUGUGUCGAGGGAGUCGUCACGCUUUGCCAUAGUGGCGGUGUUCUGCCCAAAGGAUGGGAAAUCAUACCUAUUUCGCCAGCCUUGCCUACCAUUUGGGUCGCGUGCAUCAGUCAAUGGUUUCAUUAGGUGCUCGAGGUGCAUCCAGUGGAUCGCACUCCGGUGCUUGCUUGUGCCGCUGACGUCCUAUUACGACGACUUCAUAUCUGCGUCAACAUGCGCUCUUGCUGCCAACACCGACACGACUAUGGCGAUGCUGUUUCGCCUAUUGGGCUGGCAGUAUGAUGAGGUCGGUCCAAAAGCUGACGUUUUUAGUGACCGGGUUGAAGCCCUCGGGGUGGCCUUUGAUCUUUCCGAGACAUGUUCCGGUGUGGUCAUCGUGGACAAUACCCUCAGAAGGAAAGAUGCUCUAGACAGCCUAGUUAGCGAAGCACUUGCAAGGGGGACCCUCAAUCAUUCUCAAUCGCUCGAGAUGCGCGGCAAGCUGGCCUUCGCUGAUGCACAGGUCCUCGGUCAUUCGGGGAAAUUUGCUUUGAAGUUGCUGUCUGCGCAUACCCAUGCGAUUCCUUUCAAGACGCGCAUUGCUGAUGACUUGAGCCGUGCUCUGAAGUACUUGAGACAAAGAAUCGUUGAGGGCUCUCCCCGGCGUGUGUUACCAACUGCCAAGGACACGUGGUUCCUUUUCACCGAUGCAUGUUUCCACGACGCUGGUGAUGGUGGUUUAGGCGGGGUGCUGGUGUCUUCCCUAGGUUCGGUGAAGUCGUGGUAUUGCCUUCCUUUGUCAGCCGAUGACAUCCAGCCGCUCAUUUCCCACACAGCCCGCACCGGGAUUGGCGAACUCGAGACAAUGGCGACCUUACUUGGCAUCCAGCUAUGGAGGGGCCAUCUACGGAGCACCAACGUGGUAGCUUUCAAUGACAACGAAGGCGCCAAGUUCGCCUUGGUCAAGGGUUACUCCAAAUCCAUGUCAGUCACCAGGAUUUGCCACGUGUGUGCGACUCUUUGUGAGACCGACAUGAUCAUGCCUUGGUUCUGUCGUGUUCCCUCAGCAUCCAACAUUGCCGAUCCGCCUUCACGCAGUAUGUCCUGCGAUGCCUUACCCGAAACCUUCAAGCUGCCCUGUGAUCAGGUGCGGCGCGCGUACCUUAGCUUGAGGGGUCGAGUCUGCAGUAUGCUCUCGUAG